AAUAGAUCAUCAUAGCACAACCAAGAGUGUUGUGAAUAUCCUUGAGAGAUAUGUGACGUGUUUUUGAGAGUUUUUAGUUAGAGCUUGUAUGUCUCUUAUUUCUAUUCUUGAAAGUAAUAGAAGUGUUUUUCUCUCAUAUUAGCACGAUCCUGUUAUUCCCAACAAGUGGUAUCAGAGCCUGGUUGAGCCUUUGAUAGUUUUCCCAGAUUUUUUCCAGACAAAAUUAUUUUGUCCGAAAAAUCGAGUUUUUCAGUAUUGCUCGGAAUUGCAAACUGAAUAUACCGUUGGAUUCGUCUCGUCGAGACGAGAAAACAGGUAUUUUUGGGGAAUUUUUGGCCACCGAAAGCUGCCAUACGCGCCGCCAAACGCCGGCGAAAAACUGCAUGCGUCAUCACGCGCAGUACGCGCAGUGUAGUCCGAAGACGGCUGACGUCAUCGAUGACGUCAUCAGUGAGCCAAAGCUGCGUCAGUGCCACGUCAGCGCCACGAGUGCAGUCCCAGCAAAGUCAGCCGCCACGUCAUCAGUCCACUGCCAUCUUUCACCAGUGCCCAGGCAGCUGCCACGUCAAUGCACAGUCAGUGCCACAUCACUGCCACGUUAUCUGCCGCGUCACCGGUCAGUUUAUAAUUUUGAAAAUUUGGAGUUUGGUCCCUCAAUUUUUGGAAAAUUAUAAUUUCCACCUAUAAUUUUUCGAAAAUUGUAUUUUGACCCCGAAAGUGCCUACCCACCAUUUUCGGUCAUUCCAGACGCAACAGUGCUGCCCGUUUUUCGAAAUUCUGCUCCAAUUUUUCUCAAACAGAAAAUCAAAAUUAUUUAGAAGGUGAAAAUGACCUUUGACAAGUCAACCUCAUCUUCUGGAGAUAUGAUUAUGCUCACGGCUACCAACUACACGCUAUGAAAACCUCGGAUGGAAGAUUUCCUUAGCUGUAAAGACCUUUUUUAUCUAAUAGAGAUGAAAGGUAUUAAUCCUGACCCGGCCAAGUCAACGCAGUGGAAGAAAAUUAAUAGAAAAACUAUUGGUCAAAUCCGACAAUGGAUUGACCAUAGUGUCUUCCACCAUGUUGCACGAGAGACCGACGCUUAUGCCCUUUGGAAAAAGUUAGAAGAUUUGUACCAGGCCAAGACUGCUAGGAACAAGGCCCUACUAAUGAGGCGCCUUGUCAAUAUGAAGCUCAAAAGUGGAAGUUCCGUUGCCGAACAUACUAGUCAAUUUCAGAGUCUAGUAAAUCAACUAUCUUGCGUAGAAAUGUCACUUGGAGAUGAAAUGCAAUCUCUACUACUUCUUAGUUCCCUUCCUGAUAGUUGGGAGACACUAGUUGUUACUCUCAGCAACUCAGCCCCAAAUGGCAAACUUAUCAUGUCUGUGGUCAAGGAUGCACUGUUCAAUGAGGAGGCAAGGAAAGACAUGAGCACAGAUGAGACUCAUGCCAUUGUGAUGGAGAAUAGAGGAAGAUCACAAGGAAAACAACAAAGAAACAGUAGAGAGAAAUGGCAAAGCAGAGGCAAAAGUCGGGGGAGAUCAUCGAAUGGCCGGAAACCUUCUUAGGCUGCCUGCAAUCCUAUGGGUGAAAAACUAAAUUAGAUGUUUUCACCCCAAAAAACUCUCCAACCCUAUGUAUUGGGAGAGACUAAAGUGGGUAUACGGCUGCCGAGUGGGUGGAAUUUGGCACCCUAUUUUCACUCCUUUGCCUUGCUGGAACAAAGAGCCGGAAGAAAAAAAGAGCACAAAAAGAGUAACAGUAUGAUGUGAGCUCCAAGAAAAAGAAAAUCUCCUUUUUAUUAAAAGAUUUAUAACAUU